AUGACAUGGGUCCCCUCCCCACCCCCACCAACCACCUACUUUCCGGCCCUCGACAAGACGCUCACCCUGGGCGCUAACUUCUGGAACGCCGGCGAACUCUACGGCACUCCGGACUACAACUCCCUGCACCUGCUGCACGCGUACUUCUCCGCGCACCCGGAGAAAGCGGCGCAGGUGGUGCUGAGCGUCAAGGGCGGGCUCGUGCCGGGGACGCUGAGGCCGGACGGCUCGGAAGAGAAUAUCCGGCGGAGUGUGGAUGAGUGUUUGAGGGUUCUGGACGGCACGAAGAAGAUUGAUUUGUUUCAGUGCGCGAGGCAGGAUCCGAAUACGAGUGUUGAGCAGACGGUGGGGGUGUUGAAGGGGUUGGUCGGGGAGGGGAAGAUUGGGGGGAUUGGGUUGAGUGAGGUUGAUGCGGAGACGGUUAGGAGGGCACACAAGGUCCAUCCGAUCGCAGCAGUGGAAGUCGAGCUAUCUCUCUGGGAUACCACGAUCCUCGAGAACGGCGUCGCCAAGACCUGCGCGGAGCUCGACAUCCCCGUCGUGGCGUACGCGCCUUUAGGACAGGGUGUGUUGGCCGGGGCCUUUACGAGUCUAUCCGAGAUCCCCGAGGGCGAUUACCGCAGGGGCUUGCCUCGUUUCCAAGACGAGGCGAUGAAGCAGAACAUCAAGCUUGUCCAUGCGGUCAAGGACCUGGCUGCGCGCAAGGGCGUGGCCCCCGUUCAGAUCGCAUUGGCGUGGGUGCUCAGCUUGAAUGGUCGGCCGGGAAUGCCCACCAUCAUCCCGAUUCCCGGCGGCACGACGAUCGACAAGAUUACGCAGAAUAUGCAGGGGGUUCCUCGCUUCUCUGACGCGGAGAUGGCUGAGAUUGAUGCCAUUCGGAAGCAGAAUGAGCUCGUUGGGGCCCGGCGUUAUUGA